AUGGCUCCUUCAAGAAACGAUGAUCUCGUCUCAGAGGUCCCUUCACACCAGACACCCGUCAAGCCAAUGAGCAAAGAAGGAUGCUUGAUGCAUCGCUCACUCAUUCAACAUCCCUACAUGGUCGAAUCAGCCUCUGGCAUCGAACUCAAACUUGCUAGUGGACAGACUGUCAUCGACGCCUGUGGAGGCGCAGCAGUCGCUCUCAUCGGCCACGGCAACGAAGAAGUGAUUCAGGCCAUCACCAACCAAGCCCGAAAAGUCAGCUACGUCCAUACGCAGGCUUACACAACUGCACCUGCUGAAGAGCUUGCCAAUCUCAUCCUUGAGGGUAACCCUCAUGGUCUUGAGAAGGCUUUCUUCGUUGGCAGUGGAAGUGAAGCUGUCGAGUCAGCUUUGAAGCUUGCCCGACAGUACCACUUUGAGAAUGGCGAGUCAAAGAGAGUUCACAUCAUCUCAAGACGUCAAUGUUACCACGGAAACACAAUGGCCACCAUGUCAGUCUCGACAGUUCUGGCUCGCAAGACUCCCUACCAGGGAUUCAUGUACCCCAACGUUUCGCACGUCUCUCCGGCGUAUGCGUACCAAUACAAGCACGAGACCGAGAGUGAAGCAGACUUCACAGCAAGACUACUUGCAGAACUUGAAGAAGAGUUUCUGCGAGUUGGCUCUGAGAAUGUCGCUGCAUUCAUUGCAGAGACCAUGGUCGGCGCGACUGCAGGUUGCGUCACGGCUCCUGCAGGCUAUCUCAAGGGAGUCAGAGCUCUAUGCGACAAGUACGGCAUCAUCCUGAUUCUUGACGAAGUCAUGUGCGGUGUCGGGCGCACUGGAACAUUCUUUGCUUUUGAGCAAGAAGGCGUUGUGCCAGAUAUCAUGACAAUCGCCAAGGGUCUCGGAGGCGGUUAUGCCACCAUUGCUGGUGUUCUGAUUCACAAGAAGGUCGUCGACGUUCUGAGACGGGGCUCGGCUGCUUUCAACCACGGUCACACAUACCAAGCGCACCCGAUUUCAUGCGCUGCUGCAUUGGCUGUGCAAAAGAUUGUCAAGCGAGAGGACCUAGUGUCACGAUGCGCCAAGAUGGGAGCUGUCCUCGAAAGAGCUCUGCGUGCUGAACUUGGCGAGUGCAGGUCCGUAGGAGACAUUCGAGGACGAGGGCUCUUCUGGGGAGUCGAGUUUGUCAAGGAUCGAUCCACAAAGGAGUCGUUUCGCCCUGAUAUCAAGUUUGGUCCUCUUGUCCAGCAACUGGCUUUCGAGAAGGGUGUUGCACUGUACCCUGGUGCUGGUACUGUUGACGGUGUCAGGGGAGAUCACGUCCUGAUUGCGCCGCCUUUCACGGUUUCAGAGGAACAGAUCAACCACAUUUCUAGAGUGUUGAAGGAGGCGGUGCUAGAGGCGGAGAGGAAUCACUUGUAA